CCUGAUCCUGGGAGACGGACGGACGGGGACGGGUGGGGGGUGGGGUGGGGAUUUCCCACAAGUUGCCGCUCUCGCCGCCUGAAUGCUAACGCGGAUGCUCCAUUCAUGUUGACCGGAGAACGAGAAGACGAGGAGGACGGAGGAAAACAAACAGCAUCCCCUCUGACAUGAAGUGUGGUCUGCAGCAGCACUACCGCGUCGUCUUCACACUCCACUUCUGAUUCCUGCCUCGGCAUCCACGGGAUCGGAGGUUGGCACAUCUGGGGAUGUGAGCGCAGACCUUCAUCGGCGUGGACUUCCAGGCGGCAGUGUGUGAGGUGUUGCUGUCCGUGGUGGUGAUGACCGGCGAGGCCUGAGUAGAAAGAUGAGCGGCCAGGACGCCUGGGUCACGCUGACCCCCACAGAAUUUGCCCUCCUGCAGGAGUACACUCAGUAUUCAACCAAGAAGCUGAAAGACGUGCUGCAGGAGUUCCACGGCGAUGGCGUGCUGGCUAAGUACAAUCCUGAAGAGAAACAGGAAAUCCUCAGCCAGGAGAUUGACUAUGAGGGCUUCAAGGUCUUCAUGCAGACCUUCCUGGAGAGCCAACUGCCCGAAGACUUCUGUCAACACCUCUUCAUGUCCUUCAGCAACAAGGAGCCCAAACCCAGCCCAUCGUCUUCGGACAAGCCAAGAGUUGCGGGGCUCAAGCUGAUCAAAAGCAACUCCACCCCUCUGAAGACCAGCGCACUCCCCCGGCCAGACAGCACGGUGCAGCUGAAGGACAUCGUGUGCUACCUAUCCCUGCUGGAAGGAGGACGGCCCGAAGACAAGCUUGAGUUCAUGUUUCGUCUCUAUGACACUGAUGGAAACGGCUCUUUGGACAGCUCGGAGCUGGAGCACAUCAUCUCCCAAAUGAUGCACGUGGCCGAGUACCUAGAAUGGGACGUGACCGAGCUUAAACCCAUACUGCAGGAAAUGAUGCAGGAAAUCGACUACGACCACGAUGGCACCGUGUCUCUAGAGGAGUGGAUCCAAGGAGGCAUGACCACCAUCCCUCUGCUGGUUCUGUUGGGUCUGGAGACGAAUGUGAAAGAUGACGGGCAGCACGUGUGGAGACUCAAGCACUUCAACAAGCCGGCCUACUGUAACCUCUGUCUCAACAUGCUCAUUGGCCUCGGCAAGCAGGGACUCUGCUGCUCAUUCUGCAAGUACACGGUCCAUGAGCGCUGCGUGGCCCGCGCGCCGCCAUCCUGCAUCAAGACCUACGUCAAGUCCAAGAAAAACACAGAGGUAAUGCACCAUUUCUGGGUGGAAGGGAACUGCCCCACCAAGUGUGACAAGUGUCACAAAACCAUUAAGUGUUACCAGGGCCUGACCGGCCUCCACUGCGUUUGGUGUCAAAUCACGCUCCAUAACAAGUGUGCCUCCCACGUGAAGCCCGAGUGUGACUGCGGACCUCUGAGGGAUCACAUCCUGCCCCCCAGCUCCAUCUGCCCCGUCGUGCUGGAAAGACAGUCGACGCUGAGGAAGGACUCGCGGUGCAGCCAGUCGAGCCGAGGGAAGGUCCAGAGAGCCAACUCCGUCACUGUGGACGGCCAAGGCCUGCAGAUCACAACAAUAGAGGGCACUCAUCCUCUGUUGGUGUUCGUCAAUCCGAAGAGCGGCGGGAAGCAGGGAGAGAGGAUCUACAGGAAGUUCCAGUACCUUCUGAAUCCCAGGCAAGUGUACAACCUGGCCAAGAAUGGACCCAUGCCGGGGCUGAAUUUCUUCCGAGAAGUUCCUGAUUUCCGGGUGCUUGCGUGCGGAGGGGACGGCACGGUGGGCUGGAUCCUCGACUUUAUUGACAAGGCCAACCUGGAGCGCGACCCGCCGGUGUGCGUGCUUCCUCUCGGGACAGGAAACGACCUGGCACGAUGUCUGCGCUGGGGAGGAGGCUACGAGGGCGAGAGCCUGCUGAAGAUCCUGCGGGACAUCGAGAACAGCAGCGAGGUGAUGCUGGACCGCUGGAAGAUCGACGUGACGUCCACGGACAAGGACGAGCGAGGCGACCCGGUGCCGUACAGCAUCGUCAACAACUACUUCUCCAUCGGCGUGGACGCUUCCAUCGCACAUCGUUUCCACGUCAUGAGGGAAAAGCACCCGGAGAAAUUUAACAGCAGAACAAAGAAUAAGCUGUGGUACUUUGAGUUCGGCACUUCAGAGACGUUUUCGGCCACGUGUAAGAAGCUCCACGACUUUCUGGAGGUGGAGUGUGACGGCGUUACUCUGGACCUGAGCAGCAUCUCCCUAGAGGGUAUCGCCAUCCUCAACAUUCCCAGCAUGCAUGGCGGCUCCAACCUCUGGGGAGAGAGCAGGAAGAGGCGGGGCCACCGCAAGGCUGGGAAGAAGGGCCAGGAUAAAAGGACACCUUUGACCGAUCCCAAGGAGCUCAUGUUUGCAGUUCAAGACCUGUCGGACCAGCUGUUGGAGGUUGUCGGGCUGGAGGGCGCCAUGGAGAUGGGUCAGAUCUACACGGGCCUGAAGAGCGCUGGACGACGCCUUGCACAGUGUUCCUCUGUGACCAUCAGGACCAGUAAGUCACUGCCCAUGCAGAUUGAUGGAGAGCCCUGGAUGCAGACUCCAUGCACUAUCGAGAUCGUGCACAAGAACCAGGCUCGCAUGCUGUUGGGUCCUCAGCAGAGCCGAAGCUUCUUCUCCUCCCUGGUCAGAAGACGGCGGGCCGAGAGCAAAGACUGACGCGUUAAGAUUUAGCGAGCCUCAAGAGUCCACAUUAGGGACCACAGAGCAGACGACACGGGGCGUCCUGACUUUGCACGCCUGGAGACGUGGACGAGGAGCGUCAUUGCCUGCUUGAUAGCUCAGAAUGCAGUAGCAAACUGUAGGUUGUGUUUGUGUGUCGCCUUCAGCAUCAAGACCACCUUUGACCCGCAGUCAGGUGGGUUCUGGGCCGGAUGUGUAGUUCUUAACGCUGACUUGUUGGGAGUUGACGUGACUUUAGAACAAAACCAAAGGGUUUUGUUUUGUCAUUCUUGCUGUUGUGAUCGGUGCCAUGUUGCCAAAAGAGGAAUGUGUUUCUAUUUAUUUAUUUAUUCAGAUUUGGCUGUGUUGUUGACGUUUUGAACCGGUUUGUAGCAUCCGCUCACUUUCUCUUUCUCCUCCAUGGCUCCAUCCUGCUACUUGCUAUUGAUUGUUCAUAAAAAGACAUGCAUGCCUCGUGUGCAUGCUUGACACCUACUGCUCACUUGGAACACAUCAAACUGCAUCUACUGAACAUAUAGUUGUUAUUUUUAAUAUAAUUGUUAUUCUGACCACUUAUUGUAGUCCAAAGGAGGGCACAAGGAUCUUCCAUACACAUGCAGAUUUUAUUUCUUUACGUGUCAAUGCCAAUCAACAUUUCCAAAACAAUGGUCAUUCCACCAAAUCAAUGUAAUUUGCUUUUUGUAACUCUUAAAAUAAACAUACUUUUCAUUUUUCCAACUCUAAAUAUGAUAAUACUCAUACUUAAAAUGCGUACUCGUCAAAUUGUACGAAGUUCCAAAGCAAAAAUAAUAGGACUGAAAGUAACAAAAGUGAGGUGCUAUAGCAACAUGGCAUUUACACUAAUAGCAUGUUGACACUGAGCACAUAUGUGAUUCAACAAAAUAUAUAUUAUAUAUACAUACACAUAUAUAUAUAUAUAUAUAUAUAUAUAU